UGGGUAUGCAGAGAAUGCAUCUUGAAAAGCACAAUCAGCAACAACGUACCUCUUUGCCCCCUUUUGCUAUAAAUCAUGUCCUGUAAUAAAUUGAACAUUCAGAUAGAACAGUAUCAAACCUUUGGCUUCUGUCCCAUUGUAAUGGUUUCCCAUAGCAGGCCAUAUAGGCAGCUCACAGAACUGUGCAAUUCAUCCUCUGUGCAGGACCUCACUUGGGUGAAUAAGGAUUCUGCAGGGGAGUACGUGUUGCGUGAUCCACCCUACCAAUCCACGUUACCGUGAAGCCUAUGAGCAAAUUUGGGGCUUAAUUCUGAAAGGUGCUGAGUAACUCCUGGGAGGUGCAGAGCACCCUCAACUCCCAUUGGGUUAACUCAGUAGCGCCUCAAAGGACAGACCCAGUUGCUAGAGAGGGCUUCUCUCUUCAAACGUGUAGAAUUUCUGGGGUGUUCCUGUCCUAAUGCUGCUUUGGUUUUGUUAUCACUGUAAUUAUAAUAAAGGGAAAGUGCAUCUUUCUUUAAAUAUUGUAUCAGUAACAUUUAAUGAAGAAAGGAGGAGCCUUCACCUGCCCCCCUUAGUGCUGCAAAGGUUCAAUAAGCAUUUUGACCUAGAUUUCACUUUUCUUCUAGGCGUGCACGUGCAACUUGAGUGUCCCAGACGUCUCCCGGGAGUGGGAUUAAGGUACGUCAAGGAAGGCCGAUUUCGGAUCGAGGAGAGAACGCUGACGGCUUUCCAAUGGCUGUACUCCCCGUACCAGCAUCAUAUUGUCGGCCGAGCUGAUCUGGCAUCACCAAGCAGGAUUGACAAAAAAAUGCUCGCCAGUCUGAAGAUCAAGAAACAGGAGCUGUUAAACAACGCAGAUGUGACUAUUCCAGAUCGGCCUUUAUCCCCUCCACUCACUGCCCCAGCAACCAUGAAGUCUGCAGAGUUCUUUGAAAUGCUGGAAAAAAUGCAGGCACCAAAACCUGAAGACCAGAGAACCGGAAGCCAGAAAAAUAAGGAAGAUUACAUCCCAUACCCCAGCAUUGAUGAGAUUUUAGAGAAAGGAAGCUCUUAUCCCUUGAUCAUUCUGCCCCAGUUUGGAGGGUACUGGAUUGAAGAUCCAGAAAAUCUCAGCACGCCUACCUCAUCGGAUAGCAGCAUCUCUGAAGAGGAAGAGGAAAACCUUAGCCCUAGCACGUAUGGGUAUAAAUUAGAGUGCAAAGCUGAAGCCAAGGCAUACAGAAAACACUUUCUAGGGAAGGAUCAUUUAAAUUUUUAUUGUACAGCCAGCAGCCUAGGGAAUCUGAUCCUUUCUAUUAAGUGUGAAGAGGCAGAUGGUACUGAAUAUUUACGGAUUAUACUCAGGUCGAAACUGAAAACAUUACAUGAAAGAAUCCCCCUGGCAGGACUUAGCAAGUUUCCUAGUAUCCCACAGAUUGCAAAGGCUUUCUGUGAUGAUGCCUCCGGACUGAAAUUUAACCCAGUCCUGUACCCCAAGAGAAUAAAACAAGACAAAACAAAAGAAGCCAUAGUUGCUGGGAACAACUGUGCCUCUCCUGUAACAAUGAAUCUCCCCUCGGCAUCCCAGAUGAUAGUGUCUUAUGAUGAGCAUGAGCUUAAUAACACAUUUAAAUUUGGUGUGAUUUAUCAAAAGUUUAAACAGACUUUAGAGGAAGAAUUGUUUGGGAAUAAUGAAGAGAGUCCUGCUUUCAAGAACUUCUUGAGUUUGCUAGGGGAAACCAUAACACUCCAGGAUUUCAAAGGUUUUCGAGGGGGUCUGGAUGUAAUGCACGGUCAGACUGGUACUGAGUCUGUGUACACGGUGUUCAGGGACAGAGAGAUUAUGUUUCAUGUCUCCACAAAGUUGCCUUUUACUGAAGGAGAUGCACAGCAGCUCCAGAGAAAGAGACACAUUGGUAACGACAUAGUGGCAAUUAUAUUUCAAGAAGAAAACACUCCAUUUGUCCCAGACAUGAUUGCCUCAAAUUUCCUGCAUGCAUACAUUGUUGUGCAAGUGGAGAGCCCUGAGACAGACAACGAAUCUUACAAGGUGUCUGUCACUGCCCGGGAAGAUGUCCCUUCGUUUGGUCCUUCUCUGCCAAGCCCACCAGUAUUUCAAAAAAACACAGAGUUCAGGGAGUUCCUGCUUACCAAACUCAUCAAUGCUGAAAAUGCUUGCUGCAAAUCUGACAAGUUUGCAAAGCUGGAGGACCGGACACGAGCUGCAUUGCUGGACAAUCUCCAUGAUGAGCUCCAUACACACACACAGGCAAUGCUAGGGCUGGGGCCGGAGGAAGAUAAGCUUGAGAAUGGAGGUCAUGGAGGUUUCUUGGAAUCAUUUAAGAGAGCCAUUCGAGUCCGCAGCCAUUCAAUGGAAACCAUGGUGGGGAGUCAGAAGAAACAUCACAGUGGAGGGAUCCCAGGGAGCCUGAGUGGAGGAAUCACCCACAACAGUGGUGAAAUAACAAAGACCACCUUCUCGCCUCCCGUAGCCGCAGCAACAGCCAAGAACCAGUCAAGGAGUCCUAUUAAGCGACGGUCGGGAUUGUUCCCCCGCCUGCACACUGGAUCAGAAAGCCAAUCAGAAAGCAGGACGAGAUGUGACAGUGUCUCAGGAACACAGAAAACACCAGACGGGGGACAUUCUUCUCAAGACAUGAAAUCGGAAACCUCAUCUAACCCUAGCUCUCCUGAAAUAUGCCCCAACAAAGAAAGGCCAUUUAUUAAAUUGAAAGAGAAUGGAAGAUCAAACAUCUCUCGCUCUUCAUCAAGUACCAGCAGCUUUGGUAGCACGGCAGGGGAGAGCGAAACCUUGGAAGAAUACGACAGCGUGGGCAGCCAGCCAUCCACAGCUUCGCCUUUCAAACAGGACGUGUUUGUCUAUGGCUCUUCUCCCAGCAAUGAGAAUCCAAGCAUGGCAGCUGCUGCUACACCGGUGAUCAUGAGCAGGAGUCCCACAGAUAUAAAGAGCAGAAACUCUCCGAGGUCCAAUCUAAAGUUUCGCUUCGAUAAGCUUAGCCAUGCCAGUUCUAGCACGAGUCACUAGCAGGCAACAGACAACAUGAACUUGUAAAAGUUUAUUUCUGUUUAACAAAGGGAAAAAUUCUUCUCUUCCAACAUCAAAUGGGAAACCAUAUUAGCUACACUAAUAGCAACUGCCACGCUGCAUUGUGAGAUCUUCACCUAUUCAGCUGUACCUUUAAGUAAGUCGAGAAGAAACUGCCAUCUUGCAGUCAUAUCUGUAUUCUAACAAGAACCCGUCUUUUCAGAAUGGUAAGCAAGUUGCUCAACUCCCAUUUUGUCUGACAAAACCCAUCCUUGCACUGCAGCAGGAGAUGCAUUUUCCACCAUGUACUUGAAGGAACUUCACCCUCUCGCUUGGUACUCUGAAAUGUGUUAGCCUCGUGUGCGCCUUGUAUGUACUGUAGCUAUUUGUCCUAAGAUGAGUGUUGUUCAUCUUGUAUAGCUUUCACUGGAAAAAGACAAUUCAAUAACAAAUCCUGUUUCCCAUAGGCUUUUUCAUAUUGCAACUCCGUGUCUAUCAAUUUGAGCUAGCAUAUAAUUUUCCUUGUCCAGAAAGUAAGUGGGACAGACAUUCUCUGUCAUUUCAGGAUGUCACUGUGCUUUAGUUACCUAAUGAAAAACAGCUUGCCAGUUUUUGUUUUUUUUAAGGGUGGUGGGAGCUUGUCAGGAGACAUGCACAAGCUCUUUUAACUAUAUUUAUUUGACUCUCAGCUUGGACAGGAGGGAUUUGCUCCUCCUCCUCCUCCCUGUGCUCUGAUUCAUUAGAGGAUUUUGGAGACAAGCAAGGGCAAAAUUCUGUGCUGCUGUAAAUCAGUAGAUAUUUGACUUCAGAGAGGGACUGUGGAUGUGGCCCCGUGCGUGAA